AUGGCAACAAAAUCAACUAUUUCUGGAACUUGGGUUUCGGUUCCAAUUGAAAUUGAAGGGUUUCUGGUCACCAUGAUCAAAGGGUUAGGGUCUCGAGGAUUAAAAAACUAUCCGAUAUUUGUGGCUACUGGCAAAGUCCGGACAAGUAGUUUCUCAAAGAAGUUUUCAGCUGCACCUACCUCUUCUGUCCCUGGUCUCAAGUAUGGACCAAAUGGAACAAUCUUUCUUUCAUCAGGCAUACCGGAUCUUGAUAAGAUUUUAGGUGGGGGAUUCCAUUUAGGAAGUCUAGUAAUGAUCAUGGAAGACAAUGAAGCACCUCAUCAUAUGCUUUUGUUAAGAACUUUCAUGUCUCAGGGACUAGUACACAACCAACUUGUUCUUUAUGCAAGCCCAGUCAAAAACCCUAGAGCCUUUCUUGGAACCUUGCCAACUACUUUAGUCCCCAAAGAUGACAAAUCUCGUAACACUGAUGCAGAACAGAAGGAUUUGCGGAUUGCUUGGCAAUAUAAGAAGUACCUUGGGGAAAAUAAGCAACAUAACGAGGAGCGAGAUGGGAAUAUAGAGUAUUGCAAUGAAUUUGACCUAAGGAAGCCUAUAGAGAAGUAUUUGAUAACAGGAAACCGUGUGGAGUGUUUUAGCCUUUUAGAUUGUUCAAAUCUUGUUGGAUUUUGUGAUAGUUGGUCAAAGUUCAUAUCUCAAUUUCCAAAGUAUGAUGGAAAUAUCACAAGUGCAGGAAGAAUUGCUAUCCAAUCAUUUUGA